AUGAAUAGAUCUCGGCGGAACGAAGCCCGUUACUUCAAUGAGAAUUCCCCUAGACCACCGGUCCCCGGAGAAGAGACAGAGUCCUACGUCGGCAGGUAUUACUCGCAAAGUCCGGCUCUGACACCUAGACGUUCAGCUCUAGGUAGUCACCUGGCCACGUCAUCUUGCGAUGCUUCAGCGCCGCUUGGAUUUGAGCCGGAGGGUUCCUGUGGUAUUAUGGAGACAAACUCACCUCCGGCAUGUCUGCGAUGGGCACGCAGUAUACAAUCAUUGCUAUUAGAUCGAGAGGGGCUUCAUUUAUUUAGAAGUUAUGUUACUGAAGAGGGGAAUCAGAAUGAUAUUUAUGCACUGGAAUUUUGGUUGGCUUGUGUGGGUCUCAAAGAGCCGCAGAAUGCUGAUAAAACAUCUCAACUGGUUAAAGCUAUCUACAGAAAGUAUAUUGUUAAAGCGCAAUUGGAAAUACCUGAAGAUGUUAAAAAAGAAACGAAGCGGCGUCUCAAAGAGACCUGGCCCGAAGAAAACAUCUUUGACAAUGCCCAGCUGGAGGCCGAGCAUCUGAUGGCAAGGACGUCAUAUCCGAAUUUUUUGCAAUCGGAUAUGUACCUCCAGUAUGUCCAAGCUUGCCAAAAUCCAGAACAAGCCGGUGGUUGUCCCAGUUCGAGCUCAAGCCGGGAUAUUUCAUUGUCAUGUGGCCCGAGUUUGCUUCCAACUCUUCACGAGGACACCGAGUAUCAUUCUAUUCAACAGCAUAUAUCACGUUCUGCGUGUGAUACACCCAGUGAAUUAAGACUGACCAAAGACGUAUUGAUGGCAACCCAAAAAACGAGGGCUUUGGAUGUGAGACCUAAGCCAGAAGCUUAUGCUGGUUUGUUUGGCAUUUAUGUGUGGCAUUUAAAUAGAACAUACUUGCAACCUGGAACUAGUCCCUACCACAUGUCAACAAAAGGACGUGUUCAAUACUCGUCAUACAAUCCAGUGUCGAGGCAGGACUCGGAGCUACAAAGUUUGAGCAGUGAUGCGCGUACCGAGUCAGACAAUUUAUCCAUUACCGAUUCGAUGGUAGAUGGGAUGUCAACGGGACGGCCUAAAAGUAGUAAAAAACAGUUCCUAAGACACAGUAGAGCAAUUAAGGAAUCAGCAAGUUUAAAUCGAGAUCCAUUGCUCCAUACGAUGAUACCGCGAACAGAUCGUGCGUCGAAGGAGCUUACAAAGCCGCCUGAUCCUGAGAGAUUUGCUCAAGAGCUUUUUACAAGACUGGAAUUGCUAAAACGCCAGAUCGAUAAUGAAGAAAAACUUAAGAACUUGUCGAAGGAUUCGUCGGUUGAAGAAACGGAUCCUAGUAUGCAUACUGAUACCAGAAAAUUAGCGGACGCAUUAUGUCAAAAACUCAGUAUAGAUGACGAUAAUGACCAGGAUAUUCUUGACCAGCAUGUAUCGCGUGUCUGGUCGGAUCCAACUCCCUCGAGGUCGCCGGGUAUCGCUUCGCCAAAGUCAGCUGGACACAAUUACUCACGGUCACAUAAACAACGUAAAGACAAAGAUGGUUACUCGACCUUCUCUAUUGACAGUGGUAAUAUUCAUGAUUUUGCCGAGGGCGAUUUCGCGGGUGCUAGCUCAUUAAGUUCAUCGACUACUCAUUUGCCUAAAUCAAAGUCUGUGCCUUCUGAGUUUGCUGAUUGUCUUCAUAAACCAGAUCUUUAUCUUCAAGGUCAAGAUCAAAGAUUUCGUAGAUCUGACAUGUCUCGAAGAUCAGCGACUAAGAAAUCGUUGACGGAAUUGACGGACAGUGGUGUUAGUGUUGUCAGUGCUAGUAUUGACGUUCCUGCUGCUAGUAAAGAUUGUCGAACACAGUGGCGUAACCAAUUAGAAAAGAAGAAUGAACUGAAACACAUGAGACAUGGUAAAAAAUAUGGUUCACGCAGUGGUUCUCUGGAAAGAGCUAACCGAGAAGAAUGGGGUGGCCGUGCGCAACCGUUUCUGGGUGAUCCAGGAAUGCCAUUGCUUCCUCAACCUCACAUUCCAACGCAACUGGAGGAGGCAAAAAGACGAUUACUCGAGGAAGAUAGAGCACGUGGUGGGAGUAGUAUGUACUCACCGCCUUCAAGUUCAGUGGGAUUCAAUCGUCGCAUGGCACCAGCCUAUAGACAAUCUCAUGAUUCAUCAUGUAGCUUACAACACCAACCACCACAACCACCACAAGGUCCAAAUCCAUCGAAUCAAUCCACUUUACGUAAAAGCCGUCAGGAUGUAGGAGAUUUCACCAUUGUAGUGUUCAAUUUUUGUGACGAAUCAGUUCCUUAUAGAACUAAAAUUCCAGGACAUAAUGUUACUUUAAAGCGAUUUAAAGAGUUCUUGCCGAAAAAAGGAAGCUAUCGGUAUUUCUUUAAAACAGAAUGUGAAGAUCUGGAUACAAAGGUAAUACAAGAAGAAAUAACAGACGAUUCCGAAGUGUUACCGCUGUGGGAAGGCAAAGUAAUGGCCCAAGUUAAGGCACUUGAAUAA